GAUUCCAAGGAGAAAACGAAGAAAGGUGGCCGUGGUGAAUCUGACGACGAAGAUGAUGACACUAUAGAAGAAGAGCAGACAGCAGAUGAAGUUGUGGAAUCGGAACCGGCUUGGAUUCGAUUGGUAAACGGGAACAGCCCUGACGAAAAACAACUCCGGCAGAGCAAGAGUAGUGCCGUCCUUGCACCCCAGUUUCAAGAACGUCCUCUCUUGGCCACUGGACUACAAUUUGCGAAAGAAAUAUACGGAUUAGGGCGCGUGGGUCCAUCACCCGAAAUGAGGACCUUGUAUGAGAACUACGUGAACUCUGGUUGCUAUAAAUUUGACGCAGAGGAUUGGGUCAAAUAUAAGCCGACUCUGUUGACUGAUUUGACUAUACCAACCGCCCAACCGGCAGCUGAUCGUCGUCCGGCUUUGUUCACUGUUGAUGAUAUCUUCAAGACCUGCCCGCCGGAGGUAUCGAAAUCGUCGCUGAAGUUCUAUCAGGACAGCUUCGUAGGAGUGAACGAUUACUUUUCGAAGAAGAAUACGGCAGCAUUCUCCGAAUACCCUUCUAUAUUUUGA